AGGCCCCGGCCGGAGUAACGGACUUGAGCUCCCCCCACCGGAAGUGGGCGGCCACGCGGCGGGAGGAGUCGGAGGUAGAGGAGCGGCUGCGGGCUGCGGGCUGUGGGCGCGGGGUCCGAGCGGCUCGAACUGCUCUCUCCGCGCCAUGGCGAAGGCCGCCGACGUGGUGCGGUUGCUCCUGGGCUCCACCGCGCUGUGGCUCUCGCUCCUCGGCGCCCGAACGACCUCCGCGUCCAAGGCGGUGACGGCCCACUUGGCCGCGAAGUGGCCCGACACGCCGCUGCUGCUGGAGGCCAGUGAAUUUAUGGCAGAAGAAAGUAAUGAAAAAUUUUGGCAGUUUUUGGAAACUGUACAAGAAUUAGCAGUUUAUAAGCAAACAGAGUCAGACUAUUCUUACUACAACUUAAUCCUGAAGAAAGCUGGACAAUUUUUAGACAAUUUACAUAUAAAUCUCUUAAAGUUUGCUUUCUCUAUAAGGGCAUACUCUCCAACUAUUCAGAUGUUUCAGCAGAUUGCAGCUGAUGAGCCCCCACCAGAUGGUUGUGAUGCAUUUGUGGUUAUCCAUGAGAAACGCACCUGUAAAGUUAAUAACAUUAAAAAGCUGCUAAAGAAGGCAACUUCAAGGCCCAGACCUUACCUGUUUAAAGGAGAUCAUACAUUUCCUACAAACAAAGAGAACUUACCAGUGAUUAUCCUGUAUGCAGAAAUGGGUACCAGAGCAUUUCAUAAAUUUCACACAGUAUUGUUGGAAAAAGCUCAAAAUGGGGAAAUUCUUUAUGUUCUCCGGCAUUAUAUUCAGAAACCAUCCUCACAGAAAAUGUACUUAUCUGGCUAUGGUGUGGAGCUAGCAAUUAAGAGUACAGAAUACAAAGCGUUGGAUGAUACCCAAGUCAAAACUGUGACUAAUGCUGGUGUAGAAGAUAAGACUGAAACAAAUGAAGUCCAAGGAUUUCUCUUUGGGAAACUAAAAGAAAGAUACUCAGAUCUUAGAGAUAAUCUGACAACAUUCCAAAAAUACCUGAUUGAGAGUAAUAAAGAAAUGAUGCCUUUGAAAGUCUGGGAACUGCAAGAUCUUAGUUUUCAAGCAGCUUCUCGAAUAAUGUCUGCUCCAGUUUAUGAUGCCCUGAAACUAAUGAAAGACAUUUCACAGAACUUCCCCAUAAAAGCCAGAUCUCUGACCAGAAUUGCUGUAAAUGAACGCAUGAGGGAGGAAAUAGAGGAAAAUCAAAAGCAUCUUCGAGAUAGAUAUGAAAUUCGGCCAGGCGAUGCUUCUCUGUAUAUAAAUGGGCUUCACAUUGAUAUCAAUGCUUAUGAUCCUUUUAGUCUUUUAGAUAUGCUGAGACUGGAAGGAAAACUGAUGCAUGGCCUUCACAAUCUCGGGGCUGACAAAGAAGAUGUGAGUGAACUUUUAAAAUUAAGCUCACAUAAUUGGGACGAUAUCUAUGCAUUAGAUAUUAGGCAUUCUUCAAUAAUGUGGAUUAAUGACUUAGAAAGUGAUGAUUUGUACGUUUCGUGGCCUGCAAGUUGUCGGGAAGUUUUGAAGCCGGUAUUCCCUGGAAGUGUACCUUCCAUAAGGCGUAAUUUUCAUAAUUUGGUUCUGUUUAUUGAUCCUGCUCAAGAAUAUACCUUGGAGUUUAUAAAACUUGCUGAACAUUUCUAUUUUUAUAAAGUGCCUCUUAGAAUUGGUUUUGUGUUCAUUGUUAAUACAGAUGAUGAAGUUGAUGGAACAGCUGAUGCUGGAGUUGCUCUUUGGCGAGCUUUCCAGUAUAUUGCAGAAGAGUAUGAUACAACACAAGCAUUUAUUUCCAUAGUAAACAUGUACAAAAAAGUAGAGAAUCGAAAUAUACUCACUGUGGACAAUGUGAAGAGUGUUCUCCAAAGUACAUUUCCUCAUGCUAAUAUUUGGGAUAUUUUGGGAACUUAUUCUAAAUAUGAUGGUAAAAGAGAGGCAGGAGCAAACUUUUAUAAGAUGACGGGCCUGGGUCCUUUGCCUCAAUCUCUUUACAAUGGUGAACCCUUGCAAGAUGAAGAUUUUGCAGAACUAGAAGUGGCUAUUCUUCAAAGAAUGGUGGAUACAACUGUAGAGUUACAGGAUUACGUUCUUACGGGCAUAUUAAAUGAUCAAACAGAUACAGUUGACUUCCUUAUGGUUAUGAAUAAUGCUGUACCCCGCAUAAAUCCUUUGAUUUUGCACACUGAAUGGCGGUACCUUAAUUUAAUAUCUACAUCAGUAACUGCUGACAUUGAAGAUUUUUCUACUUUUUUCUUCUUGGAUUCACAAGAUAAGAGUGCUGUAAUUACUGAGAACAUGCAUUAUUUAACCCCAGAAGAUGAUAGACUUUCUCCAGUUACUUUCUGGAUUAUUGCUGAUUUUGACAAACCAUCUGGUAGAAAACUCCUUUUUAAGGCAUUAAAGCACAUGAAAACAAGUGUUCAUAGUCGGUUGGGAGUUAUUUAUAAUCCUACAUCAAAAAUAGAUGAAGAGAACACAGCUAUUUCUAGAGGAAUUCUUGCAGCUUUUCUUACGCAGGAAAAGCGCUUUUUGAGAAAAUUUCUCAGGAAACUGACAAAGGAAGAAACUGCUACAGCUAUUUACUCUGGAGUUAAAAUUAAAACAUUCCUUGCUGAGGGGAUGGAUAAGAAUGCUUUUGAGAAAAAAUAUAAUACCAUUGGACUGAAUAUUUUUCAAACUCACCAGUUGUUCUGUCAAGAUGUACUUAAAUUGCUUCCUGGAGAAAUAGGUGUUGUCAACAAUGGGAGAUUCUUAGGACCUUUAGAUGAAAAUUUCUAUGCAGAAGAUUUUUACUUGUUGGAAAAGAUAACACUCACUAGUUUAGGAGAGGAAAUUGAAGACUUUGCUCAAAGUACAAAAACUAUGGACUUAAAGGUCAUGAGUGACUUUGUUAUGAAAUUUGAUGCCCUCGUUUCCUCUUUGCCUCAACCUGCCUCUCGGUACGAUAUCACAUUUCUUAAAGAGAAUCACAGCGUUAUAAAGAUAAAUUCUCUGGAGGAUGAUAUGGUCUUUGAUGUCAUUGCUAUUGUUGAUCCAUUGACAAGAGAAGCACAGAAGAUGGCACAGUUACUAAUCGUACUUGGAAAGAUUAUCAACAUGAAGAUAAAGUUGUUCAUGAACUGUAGGGGUAAACUUUCAGAAGCCCCUAUAAAGAGCUUUUACCGUUUUGUUCUGGAACCGGAACGGAUGUUAACGGCUAAUGGCAUUGUUGGACCAGCAGCAGAAUUCUUGGGUAUCCCUGAGGCACCCCUUCUAACCCUCAACAUGAUUACUCCUGAAGGCUGGUUGGUUGAAAUAGUACGCAGCAACUGUGACCUUGAUAAUAUUCAUUUAAAGGAUGUUGAGAGAGCUGUCACAGCAGAAUAUGAACUAGAACAUCUGCUACUGGAAGGACAUUGCUUCGACGUAACUACAGAACAAGCUCCUCGGGGUCUGCAGUUCACACUGGGCACAAAGCACAGGCCUGUUGUGGUUGACACCAUAGUGAUGGCCAACCUCGGAUAUUUUCAGUUAAAAGCAAACCCAGGUGCUUGGAUAUUGAAAUUACGCCAAGGAAAAUCUGAAGAUAUUUAUCAAAUAAUUGGGCACAAAGGAGCUGACUCUGAACCAGACCUAGGAGAUGUCAUUGUUGUGUUAAACAGCUUUAAAAGCAAAAUACUGGACGUACAAGUGCAAAAAAAGCCAGACAAAAUUAAGGAAGAUGUCCUUUCCAGUAAAAAUGAAGAAAAAAAAAAAGGAAUGUGGGAUUCCAUUAAAAGUUUCACAAGGAGGUUGCAUACAAAAAGAGACACUCAAGAAACAGACAUUCUAAACAUCUUUUCAGUUGCUUCUGGCCAUUUAUAUGAACGCUUUUUAAGAAUUAUGAUGCUUUCUGUUUUACGUAACACCAAAACACCAGUGAAGUUCUGGUUUCUUAAAAAUUAUCUCUCACCGACAUUUAAAGAGGUGAUCCCUCACAUGGCCAAGGAGUAUGGAUUCCAGUAUGAACUAGUCCAGUACAGGUGGCCCCGAUGGCUUCAUCAGCAGACAGAAAAGCAGAGGAUUAUCUGGGGUUAUAAGAUUCUCUUCCUUGACGUCCUCUUCCCUCUCGCAGUGGACAAAAUCAUUUUUGUUGAUGCUGACCAGAUUGUGAGACAUGACCUAAAAGAACUUCGAGACUUUGAUCUGGGUGGAGCUCCUUAUGGGUACACGCCCUUCUGUGACAGCCGCAAGGAAAUGGAUGGGUAUCGUUUCUGGAAAAGAGGAUACUGGGCAUCACAUCUUUUAAGAAGGAAAUACCAUAUCAGUGCCUUAUACGUAGUAGAUCUCAAGAAAUUCAGGAGAAUUGCAGCAGGUGACAGGCUCCGGGGCCAGUACCAAACUCUCAGUAAAGAUCCACAUAGUCUUUCAAACCUCGAUCAGGAUCUUCCCAAUUACAUGAUUUACCAAGUUGCCAUAAAGUCUCUUCCUCAAGACUGGCUGUGGUGUGAAACCUGGUGUGACGAUGAAUCCAAACAGAGAGCCAAAACGAUCGAUCUGUGCAAUAACCCCAAAACGAAAGAACCUAAACUAAAAGCUGCUGCCAGGAUUGUCCCAGAAUGGGUGGAGUAUGAUGCUGAGAUACGGCAACUGCUAGAUCACCUUGACAACAAGAAGACAAGUGCAAUUUUGACACAUGAUGAACUCUAGCACUGGCUUCUGUAAGAAGAUGACAAGAAAUCUGCCACCUGCUGGGGAAGUGUAGAACUACUGCUAAGACUUCUGGAAGUUUCAUUAAGGAAUAUUCUUCAAUUUAAAAUAUAUUAAUUAUUUAAAAUACAUGUAUUUAAUGUCUUGACUGAGUUUAAGUUAUAUAAGCAAUGACCAUUGAGUACUUAAAACUAGAUUGUUCCUCUUUCCUGAUUGCUUAAGACACUGGGUUUUCACCAGUUAGUGCUAUUUUGCCAGAUAACCAAGUAAAAGAACAUAUCUGACGAGCUGGUCCUCAUGGGGAUUCAUCACACCAUCUACGUCUUUGGAUAUUCCAGCCCUAAGUGCAUCUGUAUUUCUUUAUUCACAAGAUGCAUUUAAAAUUAGAGAAACCUAUUUUGUGUUUUCUUCUUCUGAGAAAAUAAAAGAACUCAUGGUUAUCUCUGAAUAGCAAUCUAAAAAAUUUAAGCUCAUUUAUAUCUUAACUAUUAUUUUUAAAUGAAGUAGUGUCACACUGUAAUCGCUUACUUAUCUUAAACUAUAUGAUGUUUUAACCCUAUGCUAUAUUUAUAUUUUUUAAUGUUUCUAGUUUUUAUUUCAUAAAAUGAUGUUUCCAGGCUUAUGAGGUGAACGGCUAGCUUUAUAGAAACUAAGUUAAGAAUGUAAAUAGUUUCUUUUUCCUGCUGUAUAUUAGAUGAGUAGGAAGAGUAAAACUAUCCAGCUAUUCUAGAAUCAUGGGCUCUUGGGAUCGGAGGAGACCUCAAUGUCAUUUGGACCCCGUCCCCUGAAGAAGCUGACUCGGUAGAGCUGAGGGUCCCAAGGGCUGGAGUGGUAACCUGCCCUGGGCAGCCAGUUCCAUGGGGUCUCUGGCUCAUUCCUCUUCAGAGUCGGUGUAACGUCAGGCUUGGUGAGAGGCUGCCCGGACCGAUGCUCAUGCUGCCACACUCCCAGCACUUCUCUCUCUCACUGUGAGGGGGACCAUUGGGUGGCCAUCUUCCCACGCAGGCAGACACCGGAAGACUGCUGGUGACCCUCCAGGCUGGAACUUAAAGGUCCUUAUUUUCUUCAUCAAUCAGCAAAACCAGAGUCCAGAGAGUUUCUCAGUGGCGUUGGCACUUGGCACCAUAGCUGCUUCUCUCUCAUCAUGAAAAGUAACCCUGCACGUUUGUUACAGUGACCAAAAUAAAUCCACGGUGAGACUUUAGGAACGGGACUUACAGUUAUUACAGGUGGAGAGAGAAAUGAAGCCAGCAACCCUCUAGGCAGCAGGGGGUGGCAGUCAGCGAGGUGACAGGUGCUGGGGACACACGGCCCACGUGGCCCAGCCCCCAACCAUCUCGGCUCCCUCUAGCUCCUCGUUGGCAACUUUUCACCCUCUCCUCCCAAUGGAGGGGCACAUGAUUUGAUACUUCCUUUGUUCUGAUUCUGUGUGAAAAUUCUUACUUGUCAAAAGUAGGAAGAAGCCAUCGCUCAAUUUCAAAGAGGUCACAGUGACAUCGUAUACAAAAGAACCAGACUGAAAGAAACAGUGCCGAUAAUAACCGAUGAAGUAAUCAGAAUGAAGAAUAAGCAAAUGUGAAUUUCCCUUAGAAAUUAUUUUCACACGGGUUUGAAUUUUAAGACAAUAAAACAAAAUGAAAGCUGCAAAGCUGUUCACUACUUUUCAAAAUGCAACGUUGUUUAUUGGAUGACUGCAGAAGAAAACGAUUUGUGCUUGGCUGGCUGUUGUGGGUAUCAGCGGUCAGGAUGGCCCCCACAACUCAAAGAAAAUGCUUGAUUUCCUACAAACAAUAUAUUAGGCUCAUAGUGCUUAAAAUGCUUCAAAAUGCUCUGACGCAAAAACAAAAACCUUUCCAGAAUAAAGGUAAGAAGGAGGUAUCCCAAGAAGAGAUGCCAUCUUGAUGGUGGGAACCUGCCAGCGCUGACAAGACCUGCACACCUGUGGGUUCUUCUAGGCAGGAGGACACCGAGAGGCAUCAACGUCUGGCAGGGGGUGGCCUGCCAGCUGACGCCCACCUCAGACAGUCCCAUGUGGCUCCCCACACACAGUCCACGGUCAGUUGGCCAGGGGCCAGGACGUGAGAGAAGCUGCCGGCUGAGUUUUUUAAAGUGGGAAAGGGCGUUCUUUUUGUUUAUGUUGAGCGAGCAACUUUACAUUUCUAAGUCAAUCCUGUUACAGGAAAUGCUGUUUAACUCACAACUUCAGUUGUUAAAGUAUUUCAUUCUACACUUUAGCAAUAUUAUUUUAAAUACCACUGUUUUAUUAUCUGAACCUAUUUUGCAUUUUACCUUUUAGUUUGUUGUGUUUCAUAUUAAACAAAAGGGCCUGUAGGUUUUUACAAUUAAUUCUAUUUCAGUGGUUUUCAGUAUUCUGCAAGUACUGAAACAACAAAAAUACAUGCUUAACAUCAGCCCAGCUCUAACCCUGGCUCCAGUGACUAUCAUUUGGUAGGAGGUUUUCUAAGAGAGGGCUCAGCCUACCUUCAGUGACAGCCACACUCAUGCUCUUAGAGAUGAAAACACACACGGAUUAAGGAGGCCCUGUAAUUUAACAUAUUUACAAGUGACUGGACUGACCAAAAUCUAAGCAAAGUUGUCCCUAAGAACAUACAGCUCAGAAUUUCAUAUUCUCUCUGAGAAUCCUCCUUACACACGCAGGCACUGACAUACUACGCAAGGAUAUGGAGAGAAGAAUUUCCACGCGCUCCAGUGUAGAAAAAAUAACAAAAUCUGCGAGCCUGCCUCAGACCGUUUCUCCAGACAUUCACCACAGGGUCAGGCUGCUCUGCCAGAACCAGAACCAGUCCCGCCUCCCUGCCUCACAAACCCAUCAAGUCUAAAAUGGGUAAGAACGGCUAUUUCCUGUUAAAACAAUUCUUUGGUCAUAGACAAACUGAAAGGUUGGAAGAUUUUUUUUCAUUAGGAUCCCGAACAAGGCUUUUUUGUUUUUAAUCUUUAAAAAAAUUAAGGAGGAAGAGCAGAAAAACAGCGGCUUUAAUUGAAGUGGAAUUUAAAUCUAAAAGGUCCGCCUGAGCUGAAGGGAUUGAACCCUUGCCAUGAGUUCCAGCUUCUGUGGAAGGGGCUGCCGCCACCUCCUUGUUGGCUCUCUGCAUCCAGGGGGUCUUCUCCGUCGUCAAACUUCUUCCUCAUUUCUACAACAGAGACCAGCACAUUCAGACCCAGGCGCUGACUGAGGUCAGGAAAGGGUGGGUUCUGGGGACUACACCUCCCAGUUGUCAGAACAGUGGUACCUCAUGCUCAGGUCCUGGCUCUCCCUUCCCCACCCAGCUCAGAGGUUUCGUCUCAGGAGAAACAGACUAGAGAAACCAGCCACAGAGAAGAGGGUGAGGAUCAGGGUUGAAAAUGGGCACUGAUUAAAAUUCUGACCCCCUAAAUCUCCCCUCGCAAGAAGCUACCCAAGGAAACUCUUAUCUGAGAAACAUGAGUGACCACAGAGAAGGACCUGCCAAAGUUACACGGGCGCUUCUGAGCCAACAGCCACGACACCAUCCUAACCCCAGACGUUGAAGGCGGCCAGGCGCAACCUCGUCAACCUGUGAGGCGUCUGAUCAGCUUCCUGGUGCCUCACCAUCAAGUCUGAAGAGGACGAAGGUUCCCUAUUGUACGAACCAAGAGGCCACUCCUGUGCCUGUCAGUCCUGAGGUAAGUCCCUGAUGAGACAGGCCAAUGCAGGCAAGUCGGGGAGAGGCAUCAGACGAGCAAGCUCAUAUCGUCAGAGAUUAGAAAAAGCUAUUGCACCU